CACACCUGAGAGACAGGGGCGGCUACUUUUCUGUCUUCAUUUAGUUCUUCCUUAAAUUUAUGUCACUUUGUUUAGAGAAAGUCAUCUGUGAGUGAAGGUGUGGGACCAUGUUGGAAUUUAAAAAGGUGGCACUCCUGCUGUCUUUCCUGGCUUCAGUGGCUCUGAGCCAAGGACUUGUUAGGACCAGAAAUCUGUCAGACAGAAGCAGGAGAGCAGCCAUUAACGCCUUCACUGACACACAGUCAACAGGUGUGACAGAGUGGACGUCUUGGUUCAACAUCGACCAUCCAGGAGGCAAUGGAGAUUACGAGCGCCUAGAGGCUAUUCGUUUCUAUUACAGGGAGAGGGUUUGUGCACGGCCCACUGCCAUGGAGGCUCGGACUACAGACUGGGUGGCUGCUGCUGACACGGGGGAAGUGGUCCACUCGAGUCUGGAGAAGGGGUUCUGGUGCAUCAACAAGGAACAGCCUCAAGGCCGCAUCUGCUCCAACUAUCAUGUCCGCUUUCAGUGUCCCCCAGUGCAGAGCUACUGGACUGACUGGAGUGAGUGGGGUCCCUGUUCCACCUCAGUUUGUGAUGAUGUAGGAAUCCAGGUCCGCCAGAGGAGAUGUGUCAACACUCAGCCCAUGCCUCUCCUGUUGGUGCCGGCGUGUCAGGGGCAUCAUUCAGAGAGGAGAGAGUGCUCCAACCCUCCAUGCACAGCCAAUUGGAGUCUGUGGGGUCGGUGGGGAACGUGUUCAGUGACCUGUGGUGGAGGUCGCAGGAUACGGAGGAGGACAUGUGUGAGAGACUCUGUGACUGUACAUUGUACUGGACGCCCUGUUGAAAUACAGAAGUGUGGGAAGGCUCCAUGCCCAGCAAAAUGUCAGCUUGUGUGCACCGAGGGCCGCCCCAGCGAGGACUGCAGCAGGUGUGUGUGUCCAGGCCACAUGCUGCAUGGAGAUGUCCACACUGUGACUAAUGUCCCCAUAGCAGGAGCGUGGGUGGCUCUGGCCGACCAGCCUAAGGUGGUCCGUGCCCGUACAGAUGCCAAAGGUCGGUUCAGGCUCCCAGGAGUGUGUUCAUCCACCUCCGCCUCAAUCUCCAUCAGGAAAGAGAAGUUUGCCCCAGUUACUGUGUCCUCGUCCAGUAACACCACAGGGUCGUCUUGGGUGCAUGCUGUUCUUAAAUCUGCUGAGAAGCCGUACAUUGUGAAGCACCCAGAGGACAAAGUGCGUUAUGAGGGAGGACGGGUACUGUUGUGCUGCAAGGCAACUGGAUCACCUAAGCCAGACAAAUACUACUGGUACCACAAUGGGACUCUGCUCGACAGAAAGGUUUACAAGUAUGAAGAGGACCUGGUACUUAGGGACCUGAAGCUGGAGCAGUCAGGGCAGUACUACUGCAAAACCAGCAGCCCUGCAGGCAGCAUCAAGUCCUCUCCAGCUGUCCUUACUGUGAUUGCCAAAGGGACACCAGCCUGUAAUUCUACCCCUGAGGCACACCUCAUCAGAUUGCCAAUGGACUGUGUUCAACCAGGGACUGAUUCCAAGUUCUACAAUGCUGGUCGCUGCCCUCACAACAAAUGUGCUGGCUCCCUGGACUUUGAUAUGCGUUGCAGAGAUGGGGAUGGGUUCUGCUGUGGGGUCCAAAGUAUGGAAAGUCGUUUAAUCGACUGUGGGAGCUACAGCCUCCCUAUCAAGGCUGUGACGGCGUGCAGUUGUCAGAAGUGCGUACAGCCAACUGUGCUGGUUCGUGGAAGAGUGGUCUCAGCUGACAACAAUGAACCUCUGCGUUUUGGACAUGUCUAUAUUGGUAAAGAGAGGGUUGGCACUACUGGAUACCAAGGAAGUUUCACCUUAAAAAUCACCCCUGACACACAGAGAUUAGUUGUCAACUUUGUUGACCCCACUGAAAAGUUUAUCGAUACCCCUAAAGUGUUUGUCUUUGAUAAGAAAGGUGGCUCCAUCUAUCAUGAUGUAAAGGUAAUGAGAAAGCAAACACCUAUUGAUAUUAAUGCAGGUGAGACUAACUCUAUUUCCCUUGGUGAGAUGGUAGGGGAAGACCCCAUUGGUCAGCUGGUUAUUCCUCCAAAUUCUUUUCACAAGGACAAUGGAGACAUUUAUGAGGGAACUGUGAAAGCCAGCGUCACAUUCAUUGAUCCAAGAAAUAUCACUACAGCAGCCGCGACUCCUGGUGAUCUUAACUUUGUGGAUAAUGAAGGUGACAUGCUGCCUUUGAGAACCUAUGGCAUGUUCUCUGUUGAUUUCAGAGAUGAGACAAACAAAGAUGCACUAGGAGCCGGAGCUGUUCAAGUCCUUCUUGACACACAGCAUGUCAAAAUGCAAGAGCACAUCCCCAAAAUGAAGCUGUGGUCUCUAAAUCCGGACACAGGAGUCUGGGAAGAGGAGAGUGACUUCUCCUACACUACAACCACCACUGGAGGUCAUGGUCGGAGCAAACGAGAGGAGCGGACAUUUCUCAUUGGCAACAUGGAGAUCAGGGAGCGCCGGCUCUUUAAUUUAGACGUACCUGAAAACAGACGAUGCUAUGUUAAAGUCCGAGCCUACAUGAGUGACAAAUUCUUACCUAGUGAACAGCUAGAGGGUGUUGUAAUAAGUUUGAUCAACUUGGAACCAAAACCUGGUUAUUCCUCCAAUCCUAGAGCGUGGGGACGCUUUGACAGUGUAAUCACUGGAUCCAAUGGAGCCUGUUUACCAGCUUUCUGUGAUGCUCAAAGGGCCGAUGCUUACACCGCUUAUGUUACAGCAAUGAUGGGCGGGGAAGAACUUGAAGCAGCUCCUUCCUCCCCAAAGAUGAAUCCAAACAUCAUUGGAGUGUCUCAGCCAUAUCUAGAUAAAAUCGACUACCAGCGCUCAGACCAUGAAGACCCAGCCCUGAAGAAAACAGCCUUUAGGAUCAAUCUGGCCAAGCCUAACCAAAACAAUCUUGAUGAGACCAAUGGGCCUAUAUAUCCAUAUCAAAACUUAAUAGGUUGUGAAAAUGCCCCUGUUGAUGCCAAUCACUUCAGAUUCUUUAGAGUGGAAAAGGACAAAUAUGAAUACAAUGUUGUUCCCUUUGAGGAGAAUGAUUUGACAACCUGGACAGGGGACUACCUCUCCUGGUGGCCUAAUCCCCAGGAGUUCAGAGCGUGCUUCAUUAAGGUCAAGAUUCAAGGACAAAAGGAAGUGAUGGUCAGGUCAAGGAAUCUUGGAGGAACACACAAGGAAACAACAGGCAAACUUUAUGGCAUAAGAGACAUUCGCAGCACCAGGGACAUGCGGGAGGCCAACACCUCAGCAGCCUGCGUGGAAUUCAAAUGUAGUGGCAUGUUGUUCGAUCAAGCAGAGGUUGAUAGAUCCCUAAUAUCAAUCCUUCCACAGGGCAACUGUCGCAGGAUAGGCACCAACAACCUCCUUCAGGAGUACCUCAUCAAACAUCCACCAGUCGCUCAAAACAACGAGUCACACGCAUUCACAAUGCUAGCUCCUGUUGAUCCUUUAGGACACAACUACGGCAUCUAUACAGUCACAGAUCAGAAUCCCAGGGUGGCAAAGGAAAUUGCUAUUGGUCGCUGCUUUGAUGGCACCUCAGAUGGUUUCUCCAGGGAAAUGAAGUCUGAUUCUGGCGUGGCGCUGACGUUCAGCUGCCCAGAGCGGAAAAUCACCAAAGAAAGCCUUUUCCAACGUCUCCAAACCAAUCCAGGUCAGACUCUUUCUCAGAUGGCAAGAGACAUGCGAGAAUCGGAGGGCCUGCAGGUGCAGAGAUCAUCCACCCGGGUGGUGGUCUAUCCUUCAGAGCAGCGGAGUGAGAGUCGCAGGGUCAGUUCUACAACAAGGAGGAGAACGUCUAUGCGAACUCAGCAACGUCAAUAGAUGCACCAACAGGGCUUGGGAGAAGACUCUUAUGAUGGCAUCAGGCUGAGGAAGUAAAAGUUGCCCAUCUUUUGAUGUGUGAACUCCCUCCUCACUAUGGAAACACCAAAACUGAAGCAGACAGCAUUUCAGCAAAACCAAUGAAGACUUUUAAAGACUUUUACUUACUUGAAGGGCUUGGUAUAUAAAUAACCUCCCACCCUCCUUGCAUCAUUAUUUAAGAAAUGCAGAGACUGGCCUUUUUUUGAUUAGCUGUGGUAUAUUUUUUCCUCUAAUGAAAUAAACUUAACUGAUCUGAAGAAUGCAACUUUUAUAGUUUUAAUUUGUGGCAUUCCACUGAGGGUGUUUUGCUGAUUUCUAUUAACACUUGAACUGAAACCCAAACCCUUCCAAAGCUAAAAAUAUUCUGCCAGUCCCCCAAACACAUCAUAAUUGGCCAUUGCUUCACUCUGAACUUCUUAAGAUCAAAAAGAAACCAACGUUAAAUCCUUGUUGCCAGUACAGAGGACACUGAGCCCUUUUAAAAACCGUGAAAUUCUCUCAAACUUAGGAACCUCUCUCUUGUGCAUGCCACCCAGGGAACAGAGGAUGUUUUCAGUCAUGCUUGUUAAAGUUUUUCUUUAGCAUGCUCCAUUGCCAACUGUGAUUCAGCCACGUCUGUCCACACCUACUUAGAAAUGUGCAAGACCAAAGCCUCCGCCAAGACAAGCAGGGAUCUUGUUGGUAGGAACUUGUUGUCUAAAAUGAAAAUAGCCUAUGGUGUAUUUAAGGUUGUUUUUUUUUUAAAUGCACAUUCCAAAUUAGCUUCAAUAAACCAAAUGUUACAAAAAGUUUAAUUUUCCAGAAUGGUUUACUUUCAAAAAGCCAUUACAGUAACUCCCUCAGUGUCUGAAUAGACCUUUUAAUGUUGUUUGGCAAUGUUUUUUGUGAGAGGCCUUUGUGUCAAGAAGUGCAAUAACUAUAUUAUUUAAGAAUUCUUAGAGAAGCAUUUAAAACAAAUUGAAAAUGAAAGUACAGUAAAGAAAGUAAAGUAAAGAAAAUGCUACUGGUCAAUGGAGCAAGGACUCUUUCAGUACCUCUGGCAGAAAGAGUGGUUAAGGUGUCUGUAAAGAUCUUUACGGAAUAGGAUUAGUGCCAUAGGCGAAGGAAAAAAUAAUACUGUGCAAUUCGAGAUUGAAGUCAAAAUGCCGAGAAUAAAAUUGAAUUACAAUUUCAAGAAAAAGUUGACAUUUUGAGAAUAAUUCAAAUCCCUUUUAAUCACUUUAGUUCCCUGCCAAUUUUACCACUUUAGACAUAGUAUUGCCACUUUCAACCCAUUUGUGCCACUUUUCAGCCCCUUUCCCCACUGUUUCUGCACAUUUUUGGCACUUCACACCCAUUAAUGUCACUUUCUGCCAAUUUUUUUGCCACUUUAAACACAUAUUGCUGGCUUUACCCCAUUUUGGGGCAAUUCUGAAUAAGAUUUCAUCACCUUUUCUGUCCAUUUGGCAACUUGUAAGCCAUUUUGCCACUUUUUAAAACCUAUCCACCACUUGUUAUGCCCAUAUUUAAACAUGUAGUAUUUUUGACACUUUUAACCAUUUAACCAAUUUUUGCUGUUUUUAGCCCAUUUAUGCUAUAUUUUGUCCAUUAUAAUUCUGUUUUAAGAAAAGGGGUUUACAGUUUGAAGAAUCCUAGAUACUACACCAUAAAUGAAUGCCAAAAUUAUUUGUUACUUUGAUAAGAGUGGUCAUUAUUUAGGUAAAAAUAUGGUUAUCACAGCAUAGUUUUACAAUGGACUAUGACUUUGCAAACCUCCAUGGGCCUCCCAUUUGGCAGGGCCCCUGAAAGCAUUUUCCUUUAUCCCCCUUUAUGGGCUGUCUUGUGUAGGAUCUUUUAGCUCAUCAUAGGAUCUUUUAGUUCAUAAACACAGUGUGGUUGUCUAAGAUCCCCUAUUUGUUCUAGUAACAUGCUUUUACUUUAUUCUCAAAAUGACCUUUUUUUCUCAAAAUUGUAUCUUGACUUUUUUCUCAACAUUUUGACUUUAAUCUCAAAGUGCACAGCAUUGCUUUAAACCAAGUGCACUAAUCCUCUUCCAUAGAUCUUAAAUAAGAUUUAUUAUGGGUUAUUUUAAGCAAGCAAUUCAACAGCUCAGUAAUCAUUUUCAAUUUUCUUAACUGCAUUGAAUCUAUAAACCUUGAUGUACUUUCUGCAUGACUGCGCUGAUUUCACAAUGUGCACGGCAUAGUUAUCUUUCUGACUCUGAAGUACAACCCUGUUCAUGGAAGUUUAAGAUCUCAGAAGCUAUUCAUUUUAAUUCUAAAACCCACUGCAUAAUGGGAAAAGACAUAAAUGCCAUAUUGAAUGAAUUCUGUCUGAAUGACAGUGUGUGAGGACAUGAUGAUAAAAGCUCCAAACUUGUUUAUCUGCAAAACAGCCACUUGCAGACCCAUGGGAGAAGCUUUUCAAGCUGAACUAAUCCAAAACUAAAUGAGGGAGGCCAUGAAGGAACUAGGAGAGGAUUAGAAGUAAAUACAAACCUUCUGUUAAUAGGAAAAUAAAUUACAUAUUCCCCUGAGACCUAAAAAGUUUUACUCAGAUUGCAACAAACAGCCCAACAAAGGUGGUAAUGAACAGUAUUCCGGUCAAACAAAUAACUUUCACAGCAGUACCCAGUAAUUCAAACUGUUAACCUGACAUGUCCUGAGUAAUCAGUGUAAGCCUCAUAACAUUUUUAUUUCUGAUGUGCUACAGAUUUAUUGUUUUGUGCUCUAAAUGGUGUGAUGUGAUGUGUAUGUAUAAAUGAAAACCAGAUAUUAUAACUCAACACUCAUAACUGUACCCACUUCAAAUGCAUCUCUUUUCAAUAAGCACUUGGAGAGGCACACUCGUAAAAAACACUCGAAACAGACUAAUAUGGGUUGACAACACAUCGAACCUCCACCAUUACCACUGAACUCUCUAAUCAUAGGCCUGUAGGCCAUCAGCAACAGAAUAGUCUGGAUCUCCAGAUGAAAACAAACAUCGCCCUGCAGCAGAUGUAGCAUCCACCCCGUAAGAAAGAUGAUGAUUGAACCCAGGUGUGGGAAGAGAUAAGUCCUAUAAAAAUGCAAUGGUGUGUGAGGUCAGCUGAGGAGGACCAACAGCUGUAGAGCAACUGGAGGAAAUGUUAGACCAAAGACUUCAAGAGACAGAGGAGAGGAGGGGGAUUAUCCUGUGAUGGAUUUAAUCAUUUUUGUGGGUGCAGGGGAAAAAAGGAAGGGAAAAAAUUAGUGGUCUUUGGCCUAACAGUCAAUCACUUAGAAAACAUCAGGCUUCAAAAGUGGUUGCACAUGGAAGAAUGCAGGUUUUAGAGGAGAAUGCUUUGACAGGAGAAUUGGCUUAUUCAUGAGGAGAAGCCAUCAGAGGGGUUUGAAAGACAAGGUAACAAUAAUAGGCUGAGUAAGCCAUUAUGUAAGGCUUUGCAUGGGAAAGUAAGCAGGGUUCUUAAACAGUUACUUUGUCUUCUGGGGAACUUCAAAGCAGAUUAAACAUCCUCGCCAAUGUUUGGUUCAAUGAUUUAUGAAAAAGUCUGCAGAAUGGAAUAUAGUUUUAGCCUGGAUGCAGCUCAUAAAAUUACGUAGCAAAGACUGAUAUAAAAACAAAAGUCUCAUAUUAUUGGUGGGAAGGUCAGUAGGACGAGCUGCGGUCUCCUUUUACAUUCACUGUCAAAGCUUUGGCAAGGAACUUUUGGUUUGUCGAUGUUGGGGCCCCCGGAGGAAAAUGUAGUUCCUCUAUCUCUUUGCUGAUGUUUUCUUGUUGAUGUGCAAAGUGUUUUAUUUUCUUUUUCCCUGAAAAAUCUCGUUGAACAGCAGAAUGUAUCACCCUGAGAUUUUGAUUAUUUCUAUGAUAUUCAGCCCCAAGGAGCCAUCAAAAAGCAAUAAAAAUAACCAUUUACAGUAAAAAUAGAAAUAGUCUGUCUAUAAACUUUGUUCUGGUUUGCCUUUUUGUAUCUCAAAAAGAUGCAUUCAUAUAAAUGUCAGUGUUUUUUUCUUUUCACGUGGCCUUUGAUACCACAAAUAAGGCUUAAUGGAGUUUAAUGUGUUUUUGUUGUAACAUUUUUAGAAAUUGUUUGACAUUUUGGAAAAUUCUCCUGUUUGCUUUCCUGCUGAAAAGAUGAAAAGAUCCCUCAGUCUGGGAAAUCUGAUACCAUAGCAAGCCUAGGCAUAAAGACUGGAAACAGGGAGAAGAGCUUGCCAAGGUCCUCUGGAAAACCUUAUAGUUUUCAAUUAGGAUCAUAGACUAUGGACAGUGAUGCAGCCCAUUUGUCUCUAGAGAGAUACUGAAGCUUAAAGAUUGGGUUCAUUGUUGGAAAUGCCUUUGACUUUUAAUAAAGUAGUUACAGGCAACCCAAAUAGCAGCUGAUGAGCAGGAUCUAGCCUUAACUCACCAGAUUCACCUAGCAAUCAC